CCACCAAUAUUAGUGUGAAAGAAAAAAAAAAUUGAAUCCAAAAACAUAUAAAAGGAAAGAAAGAAGAAGAAAUUAACAUCAUGGGAUCCAAAGAGCAACAAAAAGCAUUGCUCAAUCAACAGUUGGAGCAACUUGGUUCAAUUACUAAUUCCCCUUCUGUGAAUAAGACAUCAAUCAUUGCCCAUGCAUCAAAGUAUAUAGAAGAAUUAAAGGAAAGGAUUGGCAAGUUAAAUGAAGAUGUUUCAACUUCACAACCUUCUCAUCAUGACCAUGAAGAUGCCUUGCCAGAGGUUACCGUAGAAACCCUAGAGAAGGGAUUCAUAAUAAAUGUGUUUUCAGAAAAGAAUUGCCCUGGUUUGCUAGUAUCAAUAUUGGAAGUCUUUGAAGAGCUUGGCCUUGAAUUAUUGGAUGCUAGGGUUUCUUGUUCAGAUUGUUUUCGACUUGAAGCUGUUAGUGAUAAGGAAGGAGAAAUUGAAUCCGUAGAUGCCCAAAUGGUAAAACAAGCAGUCUUGGAAGCUAUAAGGAAUUGGAAACAACGCAAUCAACAAGAUUAAUUUAAUCACCUUUACUUAUCUUAUGUUCUCCCUCUGUUCUUUCAACAAAAAAAAAAAAUCCAUCAAAAUGGAAAAAAAUGAAGAAAAAAAUGGGCAAUUAAGCAAAAAGGAAAAGUCCUUUUUGUAAAUGCUGCAUUUUAUGGAUUAAUAUUAAUCAACAAGGUCGGAAGAGUGUUAAUUAACAUGAUG